AUGUCCGGUGUUACUCCCGUUGCCGUCUACGCCCUGCGCGUCCCCGCCAAUGGUGCUCUGAUCCCCGCUGUCCCGGAGUUCUCUGCCAUGUUCCGUGUCAGCAUGGCUGCCAUUGAUCCCGAUGAGGCUCCCGAGUACGAGGACGGUUUCGACUCCAACAAGCGCCCCCGUGCUACCCUGAAGCUUGUGCGCGCCCCCCCUGGUCUCGACCUCCAGGGCGAGGAUGAUGAUGAUGAGGACUGGGAGGACGAUGAGGAUGAGGAUUCCGAGGACGACGAGGAGGUCAACGGUGGUCCCAGCGACAAGGAGAAGGCCCGCAAGCUCAAGCUGGCUGCCGCUCGCAAGGAGCUCGAGGAUGCCAUGGAUGAGGAUGACGAUGAGGAGGAUGAUGAUGAUGAGGAGGGCGAGUUCGACCUCAAGGCCGCUAUCUCCAAGCUGAUCAAGGGCAAGGCCCCCGCCAACGACGACGAGGAGUCUGAUGGCGAGUCUGAUGAGGGUCUUGAGCUCGACGAGACUGUCAUCUGUACCCUGGACCCCGAGAAGAACUGCCAGCAGCCUCUCGACAUCGUUGUCAACGAGGAGGAGCCCGUCUUCUUCAAGGUUACCGGUACCCACACCAUCUACCUGACCGGUAACUAUGUCAUGCCCGCCGACGACCACCACCAUGAUCACGACGACGAGGAUUCCGAUGAGGAGGACUACGACCUUUCUCCCGAUGAGGAUGAGCUCGACAUGGAGGACCUGAUCGGUGAGGAUGAUGAGAGCGACGACCUCGACGACCUGGAGAACCCCCGUAUCACCGAGGUCGACAGCGAGGAGGAGGAGGCUCCCAAGCUCGUCGAGUCCAAGGAGACCAAGGGUAAGGGCAAGCGCGCUGCUGAGCCCGAGGAGGCCAAGCCCGAGCCCGCCCUCAGCAAGAAGCAGCAGAAGAAGCUGAAGAAGAACAACGGCGAGGCCGCCCCCGUUGAGGAGAAGAAGGAAGCCAAGGAGGGCAAGGAGGCCAAGAAGGUUCAGUUCGCCAAGAACCUUGAGCAGGGCCCUACUGGCUCCACCCAGCAGAAGCCCGCUGAGAAGACCACCGGCACCCUCGGUGUCAAGGAGGUCAAGGGUGUCAAGAUUGACGACAAGAAGCUGGGUCAGGGUGUCGCCGCCAAGGCCGGUAACACCGUUGCCAUGCGCUACAUCGGCAAGCUCGAGGACGGCAAGGUCUUCGAUGCCAACAAGAAGGGCAAGCCUUUCACCUUCAAGCUCGGCAAGGGCGAGGUCAUCAAGGGUUGGGACAUCGGUGUCGCCGGCAUGGCUGUCGGUGGUGAGCGCCGCAUCAGCAUCCCCCCUCACCUCGCCUACGGCAAGCGUGCUCUCCCCGGCAUCCCCGCCAACUCCAAGCUGAUCUUCGACGUCAAGCUGCUCGAGAUCAAAUAG